AUGUCCUUGGAAGAAAAAGCUAUCAAGCCAACAGAGCACCACAAAAGGCCCUCAAAGGAGAAACUGGAAGAGCCAAAACAAGGAAAUAACCCUGCACAGAGGGAGGAUCUAAUGGAGAAGGAAGUCUUGAAACCUUACGUGCCACAAGCACCAUAUCCUCAAAGACUUAAGGGUGGUGACAAAGAGAAGAAGUACUCUAGGUUUCUAGAGAUAUUCAAAUCUCUGCAUAUCAACAUCCCCUUCAUUGAAGUCCUCCAACAAAUUCCUUCAUAUAUCAAAUUCAUGAAAGAGUUGCUGACCAAGAAGAAUCCCUUGAAAGGUGGACAGACAGUAGUGAUAACUAAAGAGUGCAGUGCCCUUAUCCAGAAGGACUUACCUACAAAGAAGAAGGACCUAGGGAGCUUCCAUUUCCCUUGUGCUAUAGGGGAUAUGAUGAUUGACAGAUGGUUUUGUGAUCUUGGAGCGAGUAUAAACUUGAUGCCCCUGUCUCUCAUGAGGAAGCAGAAAAUUAAUGAGUUGAAACCCACAAAAAUAAUCCUUCAGUUGGCUGACAAGACCUACAAAUAA